UAUUCCGCAGCUCUUCGAGGGCAAAACUGAAAAUUGGCUCGACCCGAGGACUUCCGUCCCCCGCCUCCGCGGUGUCCGGUUUCCUUCUCCCUUCUCCCCCUCUCCGCCGACACCAGUGUGCUCGUUUCUCCUCAUCGUCGGUGACCUUGCCGGCGGCGACGCUAGCCAUCAAACCAGUAUCCUUCGACACGACGCUUCUCUAUUCGCACCCUUCUCUUCCCCGCCCUUCACUGCUGGUCUUCUGUGGAGUGGAGGUCCGGCCGCAAUCGGAUCGAUUGUUUGAGCGGUGGGGUUCGACGGAUUGAACCCCCAUGGCCGACGUCGAGUCCGCCCCUGGCGCGGGCGUGAAGUCUCCGCCUUACAAGGAAACCGACAACGGGGUUCUGCGGUUCCAACUCGAGUUGGAGUUCGUGCAGUGCCUCGCUAACCCUACCUACAUUCACUAUCUAGCACAAAAUAGAUAUUUUGAGGAUGAGGCGUUCAUCGGAUACCUCAAGUACCUAAAAUACUGGCAGCGCCCGGAGUAUAUCAAAUAUAUAAUUUAUCCACACUGCCUUUUCUUUCUUGAGCUCCUCCAAAACGCCAAUUUCCGCAAUGCAAUGGCACAUCCAGCAAACAAGGAGCUUGCUCACAGGCAGCAAUAUUUCUUCUGGAAAAACUACAGGAAUAAUAGACUGAAGCACAUCCUACCACGCCCUCCUCCCGAACCAGCUCCGGCGCCUGCACCUUCACAAGGACCUGCAACGGUGCCCCUACCACCACCAGUACCAACACCUGUGGCCCCACCUGCUCCUGCACCGGCAUCAUCUAUGCCAUCUGUGCCAGCAGGUGGUGCAUCUGCAAUGUCUCCUAUGCAGUUUGUAGGAACUCCAGGCACCAAUAUGCCGAAGACCGACAUGAGAAAUGCUAUGGGCAACAGAAAGAGGAAGAUGGGUUAGUUGAACAUGUUGGGCAGCUCAACAGUGGACAAAUAGGAUGCAAGCCAGAAGUCGCUGCCUAUGGAGCCUUUCAAUGUUCAAUAUUUGUAGGCCUUGCAGAUGUAACUUUAGAUGUCAAUAUGCUCCUGAGUGACUAAUCAUUUGUGUUGGCGUUGUUUUAGUCAGGUUUUUGUCACGGACUAAACACCGACAGCAGGACUCAUGAUCUUGAAUGAGUAAUCAUUUGUGUUGGAGUUGAUCUAGUUGAUUUUUAUCACGGAGUAAAAUAGUAAAUGCCA